AUGGGUAUACCGCUCAACAACACCACUAUCUACACCUUGAACUUCGCCGAUGACCAAGUGGUCAUGGCUCAAGAUCUCGAUGAUCUGGAAUAUAUGACCAGGAAAGAAUAUAGGCAUUGGGGACUGGAAGUGAAUGUUGCUAAAACAGAGUACAUGUGCGUGGGAGGCCCCCAACAAAAUAUGAUUCUAGAGGAUGGUCAAGUUAUUGAAGGCUGUAAGGGAUAUAAAUAUCUGGGAACACAGUUAUCCAGUAGCGGGACCCUAGAAGAAGCUAUAAAGGAGAGAAACAACCAGGGAAGAAAAGCAAUAUCUAUGCUCAACAGCGUUUUAUGGGACAAUAAAAUAUCGAAAACAAAUAAACAUCGAAUAUACAACGCUAUAGUGAAAAGCAUAGUCUCCUAUGGGAGCGAAGUGUGA